GCUGGGGAGGAAGGCUGAUGGCGGCCUCCAGCAGCUGGCAGACGUGAUUGCCAGGUGGCAGGGGUGCUGUGAGGAGCUGCCCAGGAGCCACGGAGCGGGCUGCCUGGAGCUCUGCCUCUGCUCGGCCAGCGCUUUUCCUGCUUGAUGCCGCCUGUGUCCGCAAGGCUUUCACCAUGAUCGAUAGCUCCAAGAAGCAGCAGCAGGGCUUCCCAGAGAUCCUAACCGCUGGGGACUUCGAGCCGUUAAAAGAAAAGGAAUGCCUUGAGGGAAGCAACCAGAAAAGUCUCAAGGAAGUGCUCCAGCUAAGGCUACAGCAGAGGAGGACAAGAGAGCAGCUCGUGGACCAGGGCAUCAUGCCACCUUUGAAGAGCCCAGCGGCAUUCCAUGAACAGAUAAAAAGCUUGGAACGAGCCAGAACGGAAAACUUUCUGAAACACAAGAUCCGGAGUCGACCAGACCGCUCCGAACUUGUCAGGAUGCACAUUUUAGAAGAAACAUUUGCAGAGCCAUCGCUGCAGGCUACUCAGAUGAAGUUGAAAAGAGCUCGGCUAGCGGAUGACCUGAAUGAAAAGAUUGCUCAGAGACCUGGUCCCAUGGAGCUGGUGGAGAAAAACAUCCUGCCUGUGGACUCCAGUGUUAAGGAAGCGAUUAUAGGUGUCGGGAAGGAAGACUUCCCCCGCACUCAGGGUGAUUUCUCAUUUGAUGAAGACAGCAGCGACGCCUUGUCUCCGGACCAGCCGGCCAGCCAGGAGUCACAGGGGUCAGCUGCGUCCCCCAGUGAGCCAAAAGUUAACGACUCGCCAUCUUCUGUGACUGCAAACACGCCAGCCCAGUUUCCUUCAGCGUCGCAAGUAGUUCAUGAGUUCUUGAAGACGCCUCCUACUGCAGAUCAGCCUUCUGCCAGGUCCCCAGCUACUGUCCUCCCCACAAACACUGUGUCCGCAGUGAAGCCUGGCCCGACCCUGGUGAAGCAAAGCCACCCCAAGAAUCCAAAUGAUAAACAUCGUAGCAAAAAGUGCAAAGAUCCCAAACCCCGGGUCAAGAAGUUGAAGUACCACCAGUACAUACCUCCGGAUCAGAAAGGGGAGAAGAACGAGCCGCAGAUGGACUCCAACUACGCCCGCCUGCUGCAGCAGCAGCAACUCUUCCUGCAGCUGCAGAUCCUGAGCCAGCAGCAGCAGCACUACAACUACCAGACCAUCCUGCCUGCGCCCAUCAAAAACGACAAAAAUAACAACAGUGGGAAUUCAGCCUUGAACAGUUCCACGUCAAACACACCAAGACCAAACACAUCUGCUCCUGCGAGAAAGCCAGGACCCCUGCCUUCCAGCCUGGAUGACUUAAAGGUAUCAGAACUGAAGACAGAACUCAAAUUAAGGGGUUUGCCAGUGUCAGGCACCAAACCAGACCUCAUUGAACGCCUGAAGCCUUAUCAGGAAGUGAACAGCAGUGGUCUGGCUGCUGGCAGUGUUGUGGCAGGGUCAUCAUCGCCCAUCGUCACUGGUAACCCAGAAGUCACCACAACCUUGCCAGUUACAGCAAUGCAGAACACCGUGACCAGCACCACCAGGUCAGCGUUCAAGGCAGAACCGCCAUCUGCCGGAAGCAACCAUGUGGCACAGGCUGACGGGGUCCCCUCUCCGCUGCCCAUCUCACCCUCACCCUCCGAACAGUCCAGCCUCAGCACCGACGACACCAGCAUGGCCGACACCUUCCCUGAGAUCAUGGCCAUCAUGUCACCCUCGCAAUUCCUGCGGUCCUCUCCCCUGAGGGUGGCCAACAGUGAGGCGAGCCUGAGCCCCGCCAGCAGCACCCUUCCCAGCCCAGAGCUGGACGCUGCCGAGAAGGACCGCAAGCUCCGGGAGAAGGAGGAGCAGAUUGAGGAGCUCAAGAGGAAGCUGGAGCAAGAGCAGAAGCUCGUGGAAGUCCUGAAAAUGCAGCUGGAGGCGGAAAAGCGCAGCCAGCAGCAGCAGCGGCCCGUGGAGCCCCAGCCCGGUGCCCCGGCUCCGAGUGGCCACAGCUCGGACCAGAAAGCAGGCUGCAUCAGCCCCUCCAUCAAAGACGAGACCACACUCCCUGACUGCUCCAACUCCGGGGGCCAGGCCCUCGUUGCCAAAAAUGCAGUGGUCAUCAAGCAGGAGGCCCCCAUGGGCCAGGCGGAGCAGCAGAGCAUCGUCCCGCAGUUCUAUGUGAGCUCGCAGGGCCAGACAGCACCUGCUGUAGUUGCCCAGUCCCAGGCUUUGCUCACCACCCAGACUGCUCAGCUACUGCUUCCCGUGUCCAUCCAGGGCUCCAGCGUCACCUCCGUGCAGCUCCCAGUAGGCAGCCUCAAGCUCCAGAGCGCCCCACAAGGACUCCAGCCCCAGCCCCCCAUAGCGACCGCUGCCCAGGUCCCUCCUGCCGCCUUGUCCCCAGGCCUGACCGUGCCGCAGAAGCAAGACACUUUCCAGCAGCAUGUGCUCACUCCGCCGCAGCAAGCCAGAAAGGUUUUCACCAACUCGGCCCCUAACACAGUGCUUCCGUAUCAGAGACAGCCGGCGCCCGCCACACAGCCACCCUUCGUCAGUGCCCCCGCUCCCCUCCAGCCCAGAAACGCUGCGCCUCCAUCCUUGCAGAAUGGGCCACCCCCACCCACCAAGCCCAGCUCACCCCCUCCACCCCAGCAGUUUGUCGUCCAGCACUCCUUGUUCGGGAGCCCAGUCACCACGACAAAAGCCCCUCCCCGCUAUGAGGAGGCCAUCAAACAGACCCGCAAUGCCCACUCAGCCCUGCCAGAGGUUCCCAACGCCCACAGUCAGCACAUGGAUGACCUCUUUGACAUCCUCAUUAAAAGCGGAGAGAUUACUCUCCCUAUCAAAGAGGAGCCCUCUCCUAUUUCCAAAAUGAGACCAGUGACCGCCAGCAUCACCACCAUGCCCGUCAACACAGCAGUGUCCCGGCCACCGCCCCAGGUCCAGAUGGCACCCCCUGUCGCCCUGGAGCCCAUGAGCAGCUUAGAGAACCAACUAGAAGCUUUCCUGGAUGGAACUUUACCCUCACCCGGUGACAUUGCUCCACUGCAAAGCAAUGGCGAAGACCGAGAGCCCUUCUCCCUGAUCGAGGGCCUCCCUCCGGACCUGCUGAGUCACCCGAGUGUCUUGGACCACUCACACUCACCCAUGGAGACUUCCGAGAGCCAGUUUGCAGCGGGCACCCCCUGCCUGUCUCUCGACCUCUCAGACUCCACCUUGGACAACAUGGAGUGGUUGGACAUCACCAUGCCCGGCACAUCCUCGGGGCCAAGUAUGUUCUCUGCUGACUUUCUCGACCCACAAGACCUCCCGUUGCCGUGGGACUAAUGCCACAGGGUUCUUGUCUUGGGGCUCGCCGGGUUUUAGAACAGGAGGAAGAGGCUAACAGGUCGGCUUCUGGAGUUGGAGCCAUAGUUGCAUUGUUGCAAUUAAAAUACAUUGUCACAGAACAAAGGGA